CGGAAGGAUACAACACAGAAUGUCAUUGUGGUGCUGAGGUUUUUGCGAAGCAAAAAUGUCUGUCUGCAUAAGGUUAACUCGCAAGUGACAUAUAGGGGAUAUUUAGCUAAAUAUUACAACCUAAACCACUAUUUUACAGUAUUUGAGACGCGUUACAGGAAAACGAAGCUCCAUACUACCACACCCGAUCGCCCUAGUUGGAAUUUUAAAGGGGAAAAGGUAAAAUAUUGUAGUGAGUUUGUCAAAAAAGGUUUCGGACUGGGUGAAAGAAGUUGGGAUACAAGAGACUGGAGCUGGUAUGGAGUAAAGGGUCUAAAGAUUGGCAGGAUGAAUCCUCAACAGCGGAUUGCCGCAAUCGGCACAGACAAGGAAUUGAGUGACUUGCUGGAUUUUAGCGCGAUGUUUUCUCCACCUGUAAAUAGUGGGAAAAACCGACCAACCACUCUUGGAAGCAGCCAGUUCAGUGCACCAGGUAUGGAUGAGAGGCCGAGCCAGGCAUCGUCCUCCUGGGCCCCAGGUGGCCAGUCGUCCAGUCCCUCCUACGAGUCCUCCAGGGGUUUGGCAGACAGCCCUCAUUAUGGUGAUCACAUGAGUGGCAGUCGAAUAGUGUCCCAUGAAGGAUUGUCCCAGACACCUUUUAUGAACUCCAGCAUAAUGGGUAAGUAGGU